AUGCCUUCCCCCUUUAUUGGCGGCGUCGCUGCAGCCGCUGACUGGUCCAUCCUAUGCUGCGAGCGCCAACAUCAGCGCAAAAAGCAAAAUCUGAAGCAUCAACCCAAACCAAACCAAAGAGCUAACGGACCCCCAUCCGGCUGGCCACUUGAGACGCCCAACCGGCUCCGUGUCAGCGCCAGGAGAUCAAGUCAAGACAAGGCCAUGUCUUCUAUCCAUCGCCUGCUACUGUUGCGUCGACGCAGGGACGACCCAAUCCAGGACGAGGAUGUGAUGCGCGUCGCCCAUCUUGCAUUGCGCCGUGAAGGGGGGGAACAGCAAUGGGCUUUCAAGGCUGUGGGAAGCUCUGCGUCGACCCCAUUUGCCGGCCCAGCACGGAUCAGCGCUACGUGCGCCCAGGGAAUAUGCAGCCCGGUUUGCUGCUAA